UUGACUUCCUGGGACAAUGGAAAUAAUUAUAUACAACUCGUUAGAGUUUUGCUGCUACUUUUUCUUUUAGCAGGAAAGUCAUAUUCUUUCUUCAGAAUGUCCAAAAUUGAAUGCUUGAGUGUGGAUAAAAAUUUAAGUGAAUUUGAGUAUUGUCGCUUGAAACCCAUAAAUCGGAAUGUAUCAGAAUUCUCUUUCAAACUAAAGCUUCAUGAUACCAUUAAUGACUUGACUGCGAAUUAUGAACUUUUACAAAAGUUUAAUCGAUAUUCACCAAUUGGCAUAAAUUAUACUUUAAAUAUAUGCAAAUAUUUUACCAAUCGCAAAAAUGAAAAGUUUGUGACUAUAUUUUUUGAUCUAAUGAACAAUUAUAUAAACCUCAAUCACUCAUGUCCAUUUAAGGAUUACAUUCAAUUGGAAAAAUUUUAUGCACGACAUGACAGGCUCCCACUACCGAUACUCUCUGGUGAAUAUCUUUUUAAGACAUCCUGGUUUGUAAAACAAAAAUUGCGCGUACAGACAGAGGAGGUACAGGCAGAGCUAAAGGAUGCUGGGGCAGAGCAUUGCCGAACAUUACAAAAGGUAGAAGUACCAACCGUGCGUGACAAUUUUAUGCAAAGAAAAAGAUAA